UUUAAGUAGCUCCGAGAGAACAAGAAGAGAAAAGCUCAGCUAGUUUAUUAUUCAUUCAGAGAGAGACUAGAGAAAUUGAAGCCUAACUGUUGCGUUAACUAAUUAAGCAUAUAAUGGCUACUGUUGGAAGAAAUUUAGCAGGCCCUUUGCUGUUCUUGAACUUGGUUCUGUAUAUUUGUGUUGUGGGGUUUGGCAGUUGGUGCCUUAACAAGCAAAUCAAUGGCAUGACUAAUUACCCUGGGUUUGGAGGGAACGGAGCAACAUUUUUCUUCUUAAUAUUUGCAAUGUUGGCUGGGGUAGUGGGAGUAGCAUCAAAAUUGGCAGGAGGAAGUCAUAUUAGGUCAUGGAGAAAUGACAGUUUAGCUGCCGCUGGUUCUUCUUCCCUUGUUGCAUGGGCUAUUACAGCUCUUGCUUUUGGUUUAGCCUGCAAGGAAAUUGGUGUUGGUGGUCACAGAGGUUGGAGGCUUAGGGUUUUGGAAGGGCUCAUUAUCGUUCUCUUCUUCACCCAACUGUUCUAUCUUUUGCUUCUUCAUGCCGGUGUUUUUAGCAGCAAAUACGGUCCGGGAUAUCGUGACACUGAUUAUGGUGUUGGAGCCGGAGCAGCUGGUGACCCUGCUCAGAAGGGCGGUGUUGCUUCCAGAGUUUAAUAGUCGUUUUGUAUAUAGCUUAACAACUGCAGUUUGGGUUAGUUAGGUUAUGUUCAUCUGCAUGUUUUA